AUGCUUGGUGACGACCGCUACCCUGGUCCGCCACCACCGUAUCCGCACGAUCCAGGCUUAGAUUUCUGUUACGAUUCGGCAUGCCCCCCACACGGUCAGCUUCCUUGGUCCGACCAGUCACCUUCUGGGGAUAGAGAGAUGCGCGAUGAUCAUAUCAGUUUCAUGCGCACCGUCAAGGCGUUCCGUGAGUAUAUAAAGUACGCGAUGAGCUCACGGGAGGCGCGGCUAGCGAGCUUCAACAAAUUCAACAAUGAAUACAGGGAGGUACUGUGCAUUGACCUGGAGGCUACGUUCGGCAAGUACGCAAAGUGCAUAGAGGCCAACAGCGAAUUUUUUGAAUGCAUCUGCGAUGCCUCGAAGGGCCUGUUUGACGCGUACUGGCCAAACGGCACCACCGUAACUCCUGAGGAGGUUCCACCGCCAACGCCGCUUGAUAUUGACAAGGUCUUUUCCACACUUCGGCAGUUUGUUCGCGACUGGUCAGCCGAAGGAGCAGCAGAGCGGGAUGCCGUGUACAAGCCGAUGCUUCAGACGUUGGAAGAGCAUUUCCCCGACGUGUCCCGCCGCUCAGGUGUUCAGAUCCUCGUUCCUGGUGCGGGGCUUUGCCGUCUCGUGGUGGAGCUCGCUCUUCGCGGGUUUUCAGCACAGGGUAAUGAGUUCAGUUAUCAUAUGCUCAUUGCGGCUCAUUACAUACAGAAUCAUGUCGUGGCGCCCGGUCAGCACACUAUUUUUCCUUAUGUGGAUAAUACGUGCAACUUGGUGGAGCGGGAUCACCAGUUUGUGGAGCUAAACAUUCCUGACCUGUGCGCCAGUGAGGAAGUGGGGCGCCGUAGCCAACAGCCGUAUUCCUUCGGUGAACUCUCCAUGGUUGCAGGGGACUUUACGGAGGUUUACGCCAAGGGGAGUCAGUUGAAGAAAUGGAACGCGGUGGUCACUUGCUUCUUCAUCGACACUGCUCAUAACAUCGUGGAAUACAUCAAGAUUUUGUACAACUUGCUUGUGCCCGGCGGGAUUUGGGUGAACUGCGGGCCACUGCUUUACCACUUCGCUGGCAACGCCGAAGGCGAUUCAAUUGAACUUUCCCUUUCCGAGGUGCUGACAGUUGCUAUGCGUUUUGGCUUUGUCGUUCGUCGUGACCCGAUCCUGAUCGACACCACGUACACCAACAACUAUCGCAGUAUGAAGCAGCUGUUGUAUCGCUGUGCUUUCUUCGUAUUGCAGCGCCCGCCUGUCGAUACGAGGGAAGCUGCGUAG